GCUUCCGGUCUCCAAGGGCAAGGACCAAAACCGGAGAGCUCAAUAACCUCAAACAAUGAAUACGACUUGAAUUACAAAUAAAUCGCUAUAUUCAGACCAUUGCGACUACAGAGAAAUGGAUACAAUCCUGGAAGACUUGCGUCUUGGCCACCACAAGGGGAGUGGUCGGCACCUGGCAGCCGCUCUCACCCCGAUUGACACACCCCGACUCCCCAAUCGAUUGAAAUCGUUCUACAAGCGUUGGCCUGCCGCGCAGGUACCCUCAAAUAUUCGCCAGUGUAUUUUGCAAGCUCCUGCUCGGGAUUCCCCGAAACUGCCAAAACAAGAGCUAAAUGCAUGGGUGGAUGUCUUCACAGCUUACUGGAGGGCUGUUGGCGAGAUUGUCCAGUUCGAGGACUACUCCUCGCGUGCAAGCUGGGUGAAAGUAUUCGAUGCCUGGAAGGAGUUGGCAAAUAUACUCAUCAGAGGCUACUCGAACUUUGGAUUUCAAGCUUGGACCAUACCCUGUUUAUAUGUUGUUGGAAAAUACUUGCGAAUCUUUGCGAUUAAGGCAGACGCGGAGAUUGCUUCUCAAGAGUCGAUGGCGUUCGCGGAUCGCUUCCAAGAUGAUGUUACUACCGACUUUGGGAAGAAUGGCAAACUUGAGGAGACUGCGCGGAUUCUGAACCGGAUGUUUACCCUGUGUCUCGGUGACAGAAACUCGAUUGAGGAAUCCCGAAAGUGGGGAGUAUACUACAUGACAAAUCUAUUAUUUAAAACAUAUUUCAAGAUCAACGCUGUCGGACUUUCCAAGAACCUCCUUCGUGCGCUUAAUGCACAAUCCGGGGACAUUCCGCCGUUAGGGUCCUUCCCAAAGUCUCAUAUUGUGACAUUCAAAUACUACGUGGGAGUGAUUUACUUUUUGGACGAGAACUAUGUUGAAGCAGAGCAACACCUCGCCUAUGCUUGGGACCAUUGUCACAAAAACGCAAUCAAGAACAGAGAGUUGAUUCUUACCUACCUCGUACCUUGCCAUCUCGUCACAACACAUACGUUACCCAGUCGAAAGCUUCUUACCCCAUUUCCCCGUUUGGAGAAACUUUUCCGCCCACUCUGCGAUUGUAUCAGGAAGGGAGAUCUCCAUGGCUUUGACGCAGCCAUGUCCGCCGGAGAGGAAGAAUUCGUCAAGAGACGCAUCUACCUUCCGCUCGAAAGAGGACGCGACAUCGCGCUACGCAAUCUAUACAGGAAAGUGUUUAUCGCUGGGGGAUUCGAGGAGUCUAAGGAUGGACAGCCUCCAAUCCGGCGGACAAGGAUACCAGUUGCAGAAUUCGCAGCUGCUUUGCGAAUAGGGACCCACGCCGACGAUCGUUCCCGAGUUGAUAUUGAUGAGGUUGAAUGCUUAUUAUCCAAUCUCAUCUACAAGGGACUAAUGAAGGGCUAUAUUGCCCGCGAGCGCGGUAUGAUAGUGCUUAGUAAGGGUGGCACUGCUUUCCCUGGGACAGGCGUUUAGAAGUGCGAAGCCCCUCCGUAUCACUACUUUGCAUCAAUUAUUUAUCAUUCAGUACAGACUACGUCCAUACACUACUUCAUGACCUAUCCCAAAUGAAGGGUUAAUAUUCUACGACCAUUUUCGAUUCAAGUAUAAAAAUCACUCCCAAACGACACCCGUGCAGGGCAAAAGGAUGCGGC